AUGCGGGAAACAAACGACAAUCGAGAGGAUGAAGCCAGCUCCUCAACAAGCCUGGAUGAUAAAGUCAGCUCCACAAAGAGCCUGGAGGAUGAAGCCAGCUCUUCAACCAGACUGCAGGAUGAAGCCAGCACUACACCCAGACUCGUAGAUGAAGCCAGCUCCUCAACCAGCCUGGAGGAUGAAGCCAGCUCCUCAACCAGACUGCAGGAUGAAGCCAGCACUACACCCAGACUCGUAGAUGAAGCCAGCUCAUCAACCUGCCUGGAGGAUGAAGCCAGCUCCUCAACCAGCCUGGAGGAUGAAGCCAGCUCCUCAACAAGCCUGGAUGAUAAAGUCAGCUCCACAAAGAGCCUGGAGGAUGAAGCCAGUUCCUCAACCAGACUGCAGGAUGAAGCCAGCACUACACCCAGACUCGUAGAUGAAGCCAGCUCCUCAACCAGCCUGGAGGAUGAAGCCAGCUCCUCAACCAGCCUGAAGGAUGAAGCCAGCUCCUCAACCAGCCUGAAGGAUGAAGCCAGCUCCUCAACCAGCCUGGAGGAUGAAGCCAGCUCCUCAACCAGCCUGGAGGAUGAAGCCAGCUCCUCAACCAGCCUGAAGGAUGAAGCCAGCUCCUCAACCAGCCUGGAGGAUGAAGCCAGCUCCUCAACCAGCCUGAAGGAUGAAGCCAGCUCCUCAACCAGCCUGAAGGAUGAAGCCAGCUCCUCGACCAGCCUGGAGGAUGAAGCCAGCUCCUCAACCAACCUAGAGUAUGAAGCCAACUCCUCGACCAAGAACCAUUCCACCUUCAUCAGCGCCGCCGUCAGUCACAUCCAGGAUGGAACUAUUGGGCAAGAAGAGGGAGUCCAACCUUCUGGAGUCGGCCUCCACUUCGAGAGCCACCACAUCCUUCCUCAUAGACGACAUUCUAUUCCACAGACCAAAG